AUGGAGACUCUCGUCGAAAACAGCGGCGGCCAGCUCACGAUCCGCAACAUCCAGCCGCCCACGAAACGAAAACCCACGCACCUAACCCAGGAAGACAAAGAGAACCAGAAACGCAUCGCCGAAGCACGUAGGAAAUACGGGCGAGGCCGCCCCGUCCGCAUCAAUGAAGCCAAAGACAAGAAACUGCGCGCAAAUCUCAAGCGCAUCGAGACCAAAUACCGAGACGCAGUGUUGAAUGCAAAAGAUGCGGAGAUUCUCUACGAGAACGAGGAAGGUUUUUUGCAGCCCGAAGAUGAGCUGGAGAGGACAUACAAAGUGCGGCAGGAUGAUAUACUAGACGCGGUCGGGAUUCAGCAGGCAAACAAGUCGGUCGAGUUCAAAUUGGACCUAGGGCCCUAUGUUUCGGAUUACACGAGGAAUGGGCGCAGUUUGCUGCUCGCGGGGAGGAAGGGCCAUAUCGCUACAUGCGAAUGGCGAGCCGGGAAGCCCGGCUGUGAGUUACAUCUGAACGAAACGGUGAGGGACGCGAAAUGGUUGCACAACGACCAGUUCUUCGCCGUGGCGCAAAAGAAACAUACCUACAUUUACGAUCAGGCCGGAGUGGAAAUCCACUGCUUGCGAAAAUACGUCGAGACGACGCACCUCGAGUUCCUACCCUACCACUUUCUCCUCGCCGGUAUCGAAAACAGCGGGUUUCUGAGGUACACGGACACGUCGACCGGGAAGAUUGUGGCAGAGUAUUCGACCCGCAAAGGAUCACCCACUUCGCUGGCGCAGAAUCCCUACAAUGCCAUCCUCCACGUGGGCCACCAGAACGGCACAGUCUCGCUCUGGUCUCCGAAUUCCACGGAUGCGUUGAUCAAGAUGCAGUCCAACUCCGGGCCGGUUCGAUCGAUCGCGGUUGACCGAUCGGGCCACUACAUGCUCUGCGGCGGCCAAGACCUGCGCCUCAAGCUGUGGGACAUCCGUGCCCUGAAAGAGGUCCAUUCUUACACGACCCGCCAACCCGCUUCAUCAAUUGACAUUUCCGACAGGGGCCUCGCGGCCGUAGCGACUGGCACUGGCGUGACCAUUUGGAAAGACUUGUUCACAGCGAUCCCGUCCCACGAACCUGAAAAGGUUCAAUCGCCCUACCUGAACUGGGGGAACGACGGCCAACGUGUCGAGCGUGUGCGCUUCUGCCCCUUUGACGAUAUCCUCGGCAUCUCCCACGCCGGAGGGUUCAACAGCAUCAUCGUCCCCGGCGCGGGAGAACCAAACUACGACGCCCUCGAAGUCAACCCCUACGAGACGCGUAAACAGAGGCAAGAGGCAGAAGUCAAAUCGCUGCUUACGAAACUCCAGCCCGAAACCAUCGCUUUGGAUCCUACUUUCAUUGGCACGCUCGACACGCGCAGUGCGGAGCAAAGAAGGCGUGAAAAGGAUCUGGAUACCCCGGCGGAAGACCCUCUCGCGAAACUACGGGAGAAGGAGAAGCACCGUGCGAGGGGCAAGAAUAGUGCGUUGAGGAAGUAUCUGCGCAAGAAGGGCGGCAAGAACAUAAUCGACGAGAAGAGGAUGAGGUUGGAGGAUAUGAGGAAGGAGAGGGCCGAGAAGGACAAGGAGCGCCUGAAGCGGGAUAGAGUCGAAUUGGGACCUGCCCUCAGCCGGUUUGCCAGUGUGAAGCGGCUGUAG